AUGGAGGUUGUAGGAGAUUAUGAAUAUAGUAGCAAAGAUUUAAUAGGCCACGGUGCAUUUGCUGUAGUCUUUAAGGGCAGACUUCGAGAGAAUCCCUCAUGUACGGUUGCCAUUAAGAGUAUAACAAAGAAGAGUUUGGCAAAAUCACAAAAUUUGCUUGGGAAGGAAAUAAAAAUUUUAAAGGAACUGACUGAACUUCACCAUGAAAAUGUUGUUGCCUUGUUAGACUGCAAAGAAUCUGCUAAUAAUGUCUAUUUAGUCAUGGAGGUAAGUAGAUUUUAA